AAGCUUACUGUUAGCAGUAAUUUUGAUAAAGAUUGCAUGCAACGUUUCCUUGCAUUCACUUGAUAAAUGCUUCAAAGGAAAAUAAAGAUCAGAACAACACCAGCAAAGUAUCAACAUUUAAAAUUAAACGAUUCGUUGCCUUCGUAGUUUAGUAAAAAGCUCAUCAGUUGUAUUGCAAAACGAUAAAUGGAAAAAGUGCGGGAAACCAAGACACCGGACGCCAAGGGGUGUGUUCUAAAAUGAGGCGAUGGGUGUGGCUACUGAUUUAAAGACUUUGAAUGGCUCUUUAAGGUGUCCGCUUAUCCAAUGAAAUCGAUUAUCGUUCGUGGGCGUACCGAGACAAGCAAUCAGAAUGUGAGAUCAUGCUCUUUGUUAAUUUGCAUGGGGAGAUAAUAAAUACUGGAUGUCUAACACCGUUUCAUUCAUGCAUUCGUGACUUCUGAGUAAAUCAUGCCUGAACCAGCGAAGUCAGCGCCCAAGAAGGGCUCAAAGAAAGCCGUUGUCAAGACCGCUGUAAAGGGAGGAAAGAAGCGUAGAAAGUCCAGGAAGGAGAGCUACGCCAUCUACGUGUACAAAGUCCUGAAGCAGGUUCAUCCCGACACCGGCAUUUCUUCUAAGGCCAUGGGCAUCAUGAACUCUUUCGUCAACGACAUCUUUGAGCGCAUCGCCGGUGAGUCUUCUCGUCUCGCUCACUACAACAAGCGCUCCACCAUCACAUCCAGAGAGAUCCAGACCGCCGUUCGUCUCCUGCUGCCCGGUGAGCUGGCCAAGCACGCCGUAUCUGAGGGAACUAAGGCCGUCACAAAGUACACCAGCUCCAAGUAAACUCCCGCUUGUAGCUGUUAACACCCCAAAGGCUCUUUUAAGAGCCGCCCACUCUCUCGGUAAAGCGCUUCCAUUAAAGUGAAACCUGGUCUCUAAUUGCGUGUUUUAGUUCAACUUUCACAUAACCAGAAUGUGAAUUUUCAGUGGGUUGCUGUUUGACGCUCAGGUUGUUGAUGCCGGCUGCGGCGCGCGUUUGCCUACAUAAAUAUUGCCUUUUAGAAGUUGCUAAGCGGUCAUGUUUGUUAAAAUGUUUUGUAUUUUGGCAUGGCUAUUUUGACGAGGCAGGCGAGGUCGCGUUCACUUAUCUUAGUUUUAGUGUGGGACUUAGGCCUAUGCAUAACUGCAUUAUGCGAGUGAUUUUUAUUUAUUUUUACGAAUAAUAAAUAACUCCGUUAACUCUUAGCCUUAAUCAUGCGUGCGUGUUGAUCUUUCUCUAACAGAUUACUCGGAUCAUUAGAAUCAAGUCAGUUAGAGAUAACAAAAGUUGACUCAAAACAUGGCGCGUCAGCGUUUAGAAACUAUGCCGCCUGAAGCCGCAGGCAUCAGAUGCUCUUCAAUAUUAGCUACUUUUAUAUCCAGAUUAAAAACAAUUAGUCGUGCAUUUGUCUUUUUCCUUCAGUUGCACACUUGAUUUCCUAUUUACUGUUAUUUUCAAUUCUUAAGUAUGUGUGAUUUAAAAGAAUUAACGCUUUUUGAAGAUUUCUUUUGCAUCAUGUAUCCUUUUUUUGUAUUUUUUAUAUAAAUCACCGUUACCUGUUUGAAAUGUGAUAUAUAAAUAAACUUGCUUUGCCUGUA